AUGCCGCCGCCAGAGUCAUCGCGGCGCUCUCACUCACACCGACCUCGAGACCGCGAUAGGGAUAGAGAAAGGGAUCGACGAAAGAACGGUCAGCGGAAGAGGAAAUCGCAAAGCUCCCGGCGACCAGUCUCUGGAUCUGAAGAUAACCGGGACAGAAGUUCAAGAACAUUAUCAGCGAAUGCAUUGGCUGAUCUGGAACGGGAGAAUGCGCGACAGAAGAAACGGAGCGAAAGGGCGAGUCGAGACUACAGAGAUGAAUCACGAAGACGAGACCACAAGAAGAGAGAUCGGGAUCGAGACCCCGAUAGGCCGCGAACUCAUGGCAAACACAAGAAGAAGAGGGUCGUGAGCGGUGCUGUUAUGGAGGAGGGGCGGUCCAAGACUCAUCUUCGGGGUGGUUGGGGGAGCGUGGACAGUGUGGAACAAGAGAAGGACUUUUAUUUAUCAAAACCACCAAAGAAGAGCAAGAAGAAACUCUGGAUUGCACUCGGUGUGAGUGCCGUUGUUCUCAUCAUCAUUAUCAUUGUGGCAGUAGUCGUCAGUAAAAAAAACAAAGGCGGUGGAGGAGGAGGAGGGGAGAGCAGCGAUAGUUCAGACGAUUCAACUGAGGAUACUUCUGACCUGGACGGGAUGGAUCAUUCAGAGAUACCCGAGAAGUGGCAGAACACAUAUCUCGAUCCGUGGACAUGGAAGUCAACCACCGAUUUCAACCUCACUUUCACUGACCAAAUGGUUGGAGACUUGCCCGUCAUGGGUCUCUACGACGACUGGGACGACUCGGCCCAAGCCAACGACAAUGUACCACCUCUCAACAAACCCUGGGGAUCGUAUGCGAAGAAACCUGCUCGCGGAGUAUGUAUUGGAGGAUGGCUCUAUCUGGAGCCCUUCAUCAGCCCAUCUCUUUUCAAUUAUGAUACUAAGGAGGGCAUCAUUGAUGAAUGGACUCUGUCCGAGAAGCUGGGCUCCAAUGCUGCAACAACUCUCGAAAAACAUUAUGCCUCGUUCAUUACAGAACAAACCUUUAAGGACAUACAAGCAGCUGGUCUCGAUCACGUCCGAAUUGGGUUCAACUACUGGGCUGUCGAGGUCUACGAUGGUGAUCCCUAUGUGUACCGAACAUCCUGGAGAUAUCUUCUCCGUGCCAUCGAGUGGUGCCGCAAGUAUGGCUUGCGAGUCAACUUGGACUUGCAUGGUAUUCCGGGAAGUCAAAACGGAUGGAACCAUAGUGGUCGAUGGGGUUCCAUUGGCUGGCUCAACGGAAAAGACGGUAGCAAAAAUGCGGAGCGGGCACUUGAUAUUCACAACCGUUUAUCCAAGUUCUUCGCUCAGCCUCGGUAUAAGAACAUCAUCACCCACUAUGGUCUCGCGAACGAGCCUCGAAUGACCAGCCUUAAAACAAGCGAUGUUAUCCAAUGGACAGAAAACGCAUACAAGCUCGUCCGCAAGAACGGCAUCAAGGCCCUCGUGGUGUUUGGGGAUGGAUUUAUGGGACUUGAGAACUGGCAAGGGUUGAUGACGGGCUACGAUGAUAUGGUCCUUGAUGUCCACCAGUAUGUCAUUUUCAACGAGAACCAGAUCGACUUUACCCACAAGGAGAAGGUUGAGUAUGCUUGCGACGGCUGGACUGAGCAGGCCGAGGUCAGUAUGAAUCCCUCGACAGGUUAUGGGCCGACCAUCUUUGCCGAGUGGUCUCAAGCCGAUACAGACUGCGCGAAGUAUCUCACUGGCGUAGGCUGGGGUACUCGCUGGGAGGGCACAUACGACACCGGAAACAAGGACACCUCCAUCUUGGAGCCUCGAUGCCCAACAAAGGACGACAAGUGUUCAUGUCGUGGCGCCAACGCCGACCCUAGCGACUGGAGCGACGAGUAUAAGAAGUUUCUCAGGAUGUUCGCCGAAGCACAGAUGCACAGUUUCGAGAAGGGCUGGGGAUGGUGGUACUGGACAUGGAAGACGGAGAAUAACUACCAGUGGAGUUAUGAGUCUGGGCUCAAGGCGGGUGUUUUGCCCGAGAAGCCUUGGGAUCGCGACUUCAAUUGCGACAAGGAUGUCCCUGACUUUGCCAAGAGUGGUUUGCCGGAGUAUCUUUAG